AUGCAGACCUGCGUUCUGCUGUGGGGCCUGGCCCUUGGCCUCCUGCUGGGGGCUCUCGCAGGUGCCAAGCCUGUGCCGGAGGAGGCAGACCCCUACGCAGAGCCUCCAGCCAUGCCUUACUGGCCUUUUUCCACUUCUGACUUCUGGAACUAUGUGCAGUACUUCCAGACUCAAGGUGCCUACCCCCAGCUCGAGGACCUGGCCCGCACCUUCUUUGCACACUUCCCCCUGGGAAGCACUCUGGGCUUCCACGUCCCCUACCAGGAGGACUGA